GUAGUUUACAAAUAUGGUUUUUGCGUUCUACGGAUCUUUGUGAAAAUGAACUUUUUUGUUCUAAGAUGUGGGGAAAGGCAUUCUCUUGUCUUCAACGUUUCUAAUAUUAAACCUCUGCACAAUCUAACACUGUAUUUGACAUAUUUUUAGCUAUCAGUUUGCUGGGAAAGAGGCGGAGAUAUUCGUUCUCAGUAUCAAUCAAUUUGCAGAAGGGUACAACUUUGUCAGAAAUACCGUCUGUGCUUACAUAAAAUUAACACGUCAUAUCAUGAUCAUGUAUUUUGAUGUUUAGUGAUGUUUUCCUGUCAAAGUAGUGUGAACGAUGCUAAAUUAAAAUAUUUUGAUUCUUAUCAAUAAAAUCCGGCCUCAAUAUUCUCUUAAUAAAAGUAGGUGAUUACGUAAUUACCUUCAGAAUCAGGGUCACAUGGAACAAGAACUCGUGGUCAAGUAUCUGAAAAACCGUAUGAUCUACUAGUAUAUAGAGGCAAUUACAUGACUAAAUAUUCAUGAAACUCCACAGUCCGCACAGGAUAAUAAACAGGGACGACACUUUCCUCUUAUAUGGUAUUUUUCGUUUAAAGUAAGUUAUUAAUAUUAUUUAUUUAUUAAUUAAAUUAAAAGCUAUAUUAAUAGCAAACAUCUAGUUAAGGCAGAAAAGUGUUGUCCCUGACAGGCCUCGGAUAGGCCACACAGGCUUAUCUGGGACGGCGCUUUACGCCUUUGCAUUAAGCCCCGUCCUCCCAGAGCGAUGCACAUAUAUUUUCGCACAUGUUGUCCAAUUUAUGAUAAUUUCUUGAGCGGUGUCCUCAGCUUUUGUAAAACGACUGUGGUCUUAAAGUUAUAGUGGUGAAUGAUCCAAUAAUGCACGUAUGCCUUAUGUUCUAAACAUUUGCUAAAUACUGAAAUCACAUUGAUGUUAUACAAAAUCCAACAAGGCAAGAAAUCCAGAUCUCUGAUCAUCAAGAAGGGUAAAACGACAAAUAGAAACACAUGCCAGAAGAUUUAUCAAGGCUGAGUGUGAAUUUGGGUCAAAUGUUUCCAAAAACUAUGUCACCAGAUUACAUUUAAAAUAACCUUGUUUCCACUCUGGUCUAGAUCGAGUCUUUAUUUAUGACUCAAUUCCAAUGAAAUUUGGUCAGAAUGAUAAUCUUGACAAUAAAUUAAGCGAUUUUAAUUCUUGGACCAAAAAGGUCAAUUUUCUACUGUUAAUAUACUUCGAACUCGGGUUAACGCUUCAUGGCUAUCAUUACCCUCUUGUUUUAAAGGGGCCUAUUCACAUGUUUUGAAGGUUGUCAUUAAAUGCUUUAUAUUGUUAAAUGUUAACAUUUGAUAUAAAAAGCUACAGUAAAAAAUCAAGAAUAAAGAAAAACAGGAAAUAUGUAGCAGGUCUCGAACCACUGACCCCUGGAGUUCUGGAGUAAAAAGUCUGCCACUUUGACCACUCGGCCAUCCUUCCGUAAACAACGCCUUGUGUAUUUUAUAAUUAUGUAGUUUCACAAAAUAUAACGACAACAGAACUCUCCAAAUUAUUACUUCGUUUCGCGUUGCAACGCUUUAUAAUUUUCGGGGUUUUAAAUCGUCAAAAGAUGCAUAUAAUCGCUAUUUUAGAGCUUAGUCAAUGUUCAUUAUUACGGUUUCCUCACAAAUAUCAUAACUACAACGAAAAUUUGCGAAUCUGAAACAACUUUUUUGAAUUUUGUCAAUUUACCAAAACGUGAAAAGGCCCCUUUAAAUAAUAAUUGAAAUUGAAAAAAAAACUAUUCUACAUUCUGAACAUUGACCGGUAUUUAAAUAAAAAGUUAUUUUUAUGUCGUUCUUUUUUCGUAUACAGUUGACGUCGGACUUAAGGAUAGCAUUGUAAUAGUAGUGUGUACUACCCGUUGUGCUAUUUGAACAGUAUCUCGCCUAAUUAAGACAAGCCGAUACCGACAUUUAAUUGUAUUCCUAUCAAUAUUUGCGACUGGGCUCGUGGCGUAUGAUCUACCGCUGAGGACGUGUCAAUAAAGAUCCCCGUAUUGGCAGUUUGUUCGAUUGAUUGCCGGCUCUAUAACACACUGUAUCAAAUACCUUUUAAGCCUCGUCGUUCAAACAAAAACCGUAACUGCUUCAUUAUUAAGUAGAAUGCCGCGGCCUUUACACCGAGUAAAGCGGAUUUAUCAAUACACUGUUUCCGUAUUAUUUUAUCUUUGAGAUAAACAAAGAUUUGGUAUUCACUUGACAAAUUCCUUACCUUAUGUUUUCGAGUUGGUUGAUUUAAAGUGAUUAAUUGACUGUGGAAUAAAUUACCAUGGGAUAUUUAACUUCCAUAACCGGCAUCUGCCGGGUAGGAUGCUGCGUCCCUCUACGCCGCAUUCCUGCUCCAAUACGUCACGCCUGACGUCAUCCGCAGACAAGGAGAGCUUACGACGUCAUAUUGUGGAGUUGGCAGUAAAACGGGAUACAAAUCUGAUUGAUAACGCAGAGAGAAAACCGAUAAACGGCAUCAGCCGCUCUAGGAGUAACAAAUCGACCGCUUCCAGUUUGACUGUUGAUAAUCUUCACGAGCAUAACAACGGUCACUUGACUGAUUCUGAUCAGCAGACGACAUCUUCAGUCACGAAAAGGGGUGACUUUUCCGACUUCAAAGACAGUUUCAACAGCCGAAGUACCGGUACUAACGGACGCAGGAUGUUUCAAAUGGAUGACGGCGGAAGAGAAUCGUUUAGAGACGUCAACCGCCGUUCAAAAACCACAUUUAAUUUCCUCGGCGGCGCAAAACCCGAAAAUGCCAAAAUAGUGCGGUUCCGUAUGGACGAACAUACCAUCGGAAGUCACAAAAUUCCGCUUGUGAACAUACGCGCCGUGAGUCCUGGGCCACAGGCGGUCUUAAAUGGAGUCCGAAACACUUCGAUUGAGAAAGAAAAUACAUGUGAAAUAGGGCUACGAGGAAAUGCAAUUGCAGUGAGAAAGGAAGGUUUAAAGGGGCUUUUAGACUAUAAAGACCUUUGUUCCGAAAACGAAAGGCGUCAAAAUUCGCUUCAGGCAUCACUCAAAAUUUUCAAACGCCGAAUAAGACUGAAUCAGGAAAAGUUUAUUCAGCCCAACGAAUCAACGUCCGAGGAUUAUGUGAUUCACCCUGCGCGGUCGCCAUUUUGUGAGGUCACGGCAUCGACGUUACUCGUAGAAGAGAGGCCGGAAACCGCGGAGAAACCCACGGUUCGUCCUAUGUCUAGCACUGACCACGUGCGCAUGCUCAAAUCCGCGCUUCAAAGCCGCCAUUUUGGCGGAAACGGUGUCGUGGUAACGAAACCCGCGGACACUACUAUUUACGACAACGGAGAAAGUUACAAAAACAUCAAAUGCUCUUACCGACUCCCUGAGAAUCCUAACUGGAGCAAAGAAGUCUCAUUUAAGGACAUAAAGGAUGACUCGAUUCCGAACGUGAAGACGUACGUUUUACAGGAAGAUCGAGCGAGUCCUCACGUGAAGUACAAGAAAAAUAACGUACAGAGUUCCGUGACGUUAAAUGUGCAUAAUCUCGGCGUGCAUAACUCGAUCACUCAGGUUCACGGUCACCGUAUGAAGGUCGGCGAAGGGGAGGUGACCUUUGACCCACGGUUUUUAGACUGGCUCGAAGACUCUCACACAAACUGUAAAACGUUCAGCAAAACUGCGCCUUUCACCGACGAACUGACUGAGCCGUGUGUGACGCCGUCGUUAACGCCGUCGGUAAAACGCCGCGCGGCGCCGACUAAAACGUAGCGAGACGCCCACAAAUGUUCGCCUCGUAAAUGUGGUCUGGUCUAAUCUCCUCCAUAGAAUAUGAGCCGCGCUUUAGAAAAAUGGGGCUUAAUGCUUAUACAUAGAGUCUCGUCUAAGAUUAGUCUGUGCAGUCCACAAAGGCCAAUCAGAGAUGAAACUUUCCACAUAAACCAGAUUUUCGCAAAAAGAGAGCUCCUUAAAAGGACUGCACAUGCUAAUCAGAGACGGCACUUUACGCAUUUGCAUUCAACCCGUUAACCCAGGGCGAGGCUCAUCUAAAAAAUACAAAGCUGUGGCUGCUAUCAACACAUGUGUUAUCGUGCGCAACUCUUGCAUUUAUUGUUUGAGUAUCGCUUUUCGGUAUUCAUAGUUAUAAGAUUGCAUUCUAAAUGUUUAAUAAAACCAAAAAAAGAACUUUCGGAGUUUAAUUCGAAUAUUUUUUUUUGUUAAUUAAAUAUAUAUCGACUUGUUUACCGGUGCUUACGCAAUCGCGCACGUUCUUGCAGUUGCUUUAUAAAGUCGAAACAGUUUCAAACAUUAUAAAUGCAAUGAAACCCGGCGCCUUAAACGGGCAAUCCAUACCGUUGUUAUUAAACUACUAGUAUACAGAGCGGGAUUUGUACUUUCCUUUGUACUUUCUGAAACAAAAAGUGUCAAUCAUCUGUUUUAUCUUUAUUUUUAACUUAUCAGCUUUUUUAUUUAUUUAUUUUUAUAUAUGUUUAGAGAUUAAUUUUAUUUCAUACCCUUCAAAGUGCAUCUACGACGUUGCUAGGGGCGGGGAAUAUUGAUACUCAAUUAACCUAUUCUCCAGGCGCCCGUCUUAUAAACCAUCGUACGAACAAUUAGGUUACUUGAUACUUUUUAAGUGUUGUCGCUACUCACAAACCUAUUAAUCAUACGGUGAGUUCUUCUACUCUAUAAAUGCCAUUCCAGUGUUGCAUAUACAUGUAUUCUAUUUGUACGAAAAUAUUGAUAAAAAAAUAUGUUGUUGUUGUGAACCAAACAUUCCGUCGUAAAAUCAAUAUUUCGUACGAUUUGUUGUAAGAUUGGGUACUGGCUCAUCAUGUUAUGUCGGUAGAGUUAAUUCAUUAAGUUUGUUAAGUUUCAGCAUUGUAUGUUGAUCAAAUAAACGACAAAAGAGUG